CAAGAUAUUACCGUAAAAUGCUCCUCUCUGUCGUUACCAUGCCCCUGAUUUUCGGCGUUUGAAACCCUUUCGGCCUCUCCGUACGGCACCUCAGCUGAAGACGAAAUAUGCCAGCGAAAGGUCCACUUCAAUCGGUCCAGGUCUUUGGACGCAAAAAAACAGCCACAGCUGUUGCCCACUGCAAGAGGGGAAAUGGCCUCAUCAAGGUGAAUGGCAGACCUCUUGAGAUGAUUGAGCCAGCGACUCUUCAGUACAAGCUGCUGGAGCCUGUUCUGCUGCUGGGCAAGGAGCGCUUUGCUGGAGUGGACAUCAGAGUGCGCGUGAAGGGUGGUGGACACGUCGCUCAGGUCUACGCUAUCCGUCAGGCUAUCUCCAAAUCCCUGGUGGCAUACUACCAGAAAUAUGUCGAUGAGGCCUCCAAGAAAGAGAUCAAAGACAUCCUGAUCCAGUACGACAGGACUCUGUUGGUGGCUGACCCUCGUCGCUGCGAGUCCAAGAAGUUCGGUGGACCUGGUGCCCGUGCCCGCUACCAGAAAUCCUACCGUUAAACUUGCCCUGUACAUUUUCAUAUAAUAAAGUUGAGGGGAAAACAAA